GUUUUCAUGAAACGUCAAAUAUCCCAUGAACUUAAAUGCCAUUGUACAACGCCGGUUAAAUAAGACACCUGCUAACCUUUUAUACAGUAUCGUGUCUAUAUAAGAAAACUGUCAUUUCAUCGAUAGGUUGAAUGCUUGCAGUUAGAAUGAGUAAUUUACGAAAAUUUAUAGAUAUCGGAGCCAAUUUGACAGAUCCUAUGUAUCAAGGAAUUUAUCAUGGAUCUCAGAAACAUCAGCCAGAUUUGGAUAAAGUUUUAGAACGAAGUUGGAGCAACAAUCUUUCAAAAAUUAUUAUUACUGCCGGUAAUAUAGAAGAGAGCAAAAAGGCCCUUGAAAUAGCACGAACGGAUGAACGUCUAUUUUCUACAGUUGGUUGUCACCCAACGCGUUGUAAUGAAUUUGAAGAAAGCGGUGACCCAGAAGGCUAUCUCAAAUCAUUGUCAGAUUUAGCUACAGACAAUAAAGACAAGAUUGUUGCUAUUGGUGAAAUGGGAUUAGAUUAUGAUAGAUUACAAUUUUGUUCCAAAGAUGUUCAAAAAAAGUAUUUUGAAAUGCAAUUAUCAUUGUGUUCCACAUUAAAGUUACCAAUGUUUUUACACUGCCGCAACGCUAGUGAUGAUUUUGUAAGAAUUUUAAGAAAACAUAAGGAGACAUUAACAGCUGGUGUUGUACACUCUUUUGAUGGCAAUCCAGAAGAGGCUAAUUCUAUUUUACAAAUGGGAUUGUAUAUUGGUAUUAAUGGAUGCUCUCUUAAGACAGAGGAAAAUCUGUUUGCUGUUACAACAAUUCCAUCAGAUAGGUUGAUGAUAGAAACUGAUUGUCCAUGGUGUGAAAUAAGGCCAACUCAUGCUUCUGUAAAAGAUGUUAUUACCCACUUUCCAUCCAUUAAAAAAGAAAAGUGGCAACCCGAUCGGAUGGUUAAAGGAAGAAAUGAACCAUGCACUAUAGUCCAAAUUUUAGAAGUACUCGCACGGAUCAGAGAUGAAGAAGAGGAAUAUUUAUGCAAUCAAAUAUACAAAAACACAAUGAAAGUUUUUUUUCCUCAUGAACUUUAACAUAUUAAUCAAGAAUGAAAUACUUGUAAUCAGCGUGUGUCUAGCAGUACACACUCGUACAUAUAAUCAGGGAAGAAAGCUGUGAGACUAUAUAUAAUGCGAAAAAGAAAAAUAAUUUCUACCAAAUUCAUUUCUCAGAUGGAAGAAAAUGAAAGACUCAUUUUUACAGAGCUUAAUGGAUGUGGCGAGCGUCAUACUCCAACGAUCUCUUUUCAUAUAAAAUAUUUUCUUGUUAAAAUUAUCAUUAUCACUAUAAUCAUCGCCAUUAGUUGCAUUACUAGCGCUAUUACAAUUAUAUUUAUAAUAAUAAUUAUUACCACACCUAUAUUUAUCAACAUUAUUCUACAACUCCUAUGAGCAUCACUAUUAUUAUUCUUAUUACCAUCAACACAUAUUAAGCUAAUAUUUUAUAUUUAUAUGUAUAUAUAUAUAUUAUAAAAUCAACCAUACUCUCUACUCCUCCUUUAUUUUUAUAAAAAAAGAGAGCAAAAAAAUAUCUUUAUUUAAUACAUCCUUCAAUUCACACAUUAACUUGUUAUAUUCUUAUUCAAUCACCAUAUCAGAAACAUUAAAUGAAGAUACACAUGUGAAUACAUAAAAUAACGGGUUUAAGUUUAGUACUAAAUAAAAUAGUCUAUAUAUUACUUUAAUCAUUAUUUUGACAUAGAUAUUAACUUUAAAAAAGACUGAUAUUCUCAUAAAAUUUUUAGGUUUUUAAAAUAUCAUAAUUCAUUGGAAUAUUAUACAUCUUUCAAGUAUCACAGGUAUAAUGGCCGCCACAAUGUAUUUGGAAAUAUGUAACAUUUCGACUUCGGAAUUAUAGAACUAAAUGCUGAGGUGUGGGAGGAGAUUUUCAUUGAGAAAAUCGGUUUUUAACAUCUAAUGAAUUUCAUUCAUGGAACUUUAGAAAGUGUUUGCACCUUUUCAUACACCCAGUCAUAAGUUCGACUUGCCAAUGACUGUGUAGUAUCAAUAGCUUUCGAAGCAUAAUUUUGUAAAUUUUCUGGACUCAAUUUUCCA